AUUCAAGGGAAGACCGGAAGCAUCCUCAUGCGCAAGACAAUUUCUAGGAAAAGAAACUCCAGCCAAGUCUUUUAAUAAAAUCUCAAGACAACCCAAUAUUAGAGGUGGAUAUGGCAUGUCAUUCUCAAAAACCACAGGAGCUGAUGUCAAGCAAAAAGAUCCUUGUAAGAAUGAUCAUCUUCAGUAUUAUCCUCCACCCCGAUGCAGGGAUAGAGAGUGUGAAGUUGAU